GCUAUCCAUGGACUAAAUGGAAUGCAACUUGGAGACAAGAAGCUUGUAGUGCAAAGGGCAAGUGUUGGAGCAAAGAAUGCCAAUGCAAUGGCUCAGGCUCCUGUACAGAUCCAGGUUCCAGGUUUGCAGCUGCAGAGUGGCUCGGGCCCUGCGACUGAAGUCUUGUGCCUCAUGAACAUGGUAACACCAGAGGAGUUGAAGGAUGAUGAAGAAUAUGAAGACAUCCAAGAAGAUAUUCGUGAAGAGUGCAGUCGCUAUGGCAUAGUGCGCUCAGUGGAAAUCCCAAGGCCUGUUGAAGGGGUUGAAGUCCCUGGAGUGGGCAAAGUGUUUGUUGAAUUCAACUCUGUGCUGGACUGCCAGAAGGCACAACAGAACCUCACUGGCCGCAAGUUUGCCAACCGUGUUGUUGUCACUUCAUACUUUGACCCGGAUAGAUAUCAUCGACGUGACUUCUAAGUUCAAUAGAUUGGUGCCCCCUUUCAGAUAAUGCACAUGGAAUUAGAUCAGCACCUGUUUAAUAAUUUUGUCAAUACAGCUUUUAAAAUUUAAAGAAAUAAUUUAUAAUUAUGUUAAUUACCCACUUCAAAGUAUUUUCUUUCUUUCUUUCUCUUUGUUGGGGGAGUGGUAAGAAAACAGGAAAUUAAAAAAAUAAUAAAUAUUAAAAAAUGAAAAACAAAAAAAAAAGUAAAUGACCAAGUAAGGUACUAGCAUGGUAAUUGUAGAGCAAGCAAGAAUUAAAGUUUUAUUUGUGAGGGAGGAUGAUAACCAUUUUGGUCGAAGCCCAAAUGUUUGGCAGUGUAAAGUAUGUCAUGAUUUUCCCCCCUGUGGAAGUAGAGAUAUCUCAAAGAACCUGAACUUUGAUUUAAAUGUAUUAAUUUUUAUGUGAUUAGGCUUGUAAUAAAAGGCCUAUAUGUUUGUUUAGAUGUAGUGAAGCAUUCAGUUUUGUAACAGUUCUCUAUAUUUUGUUUAGUGCAUAAAAAGCAUGACCAACUUUCUGUAUGUUUCACCACUUAUUUUAACCAGUAAAGUCUUCAAAUUCA